CCUAUGAUGAGUUGCAUGUGCAUGAUGCUUUGUCAAGGCCAACAUGAAGACACUCGACCUUGGUACGACUGUGUCUUCCUCUGAUCCCAUUCAUCACCGUCAUGUCGGACGCUCUGUGUGGACCGUCUAAUGCGGUUCAAAACUUGGCCAAACACUCGUCGGUCGAUCGGACAUUGCAGCAAGACCGCCUAGUGUCGCGGCAGUCGCCCUCUGAAGCUUUCCGCUCAUACGAUCCCAAUGUCUCCUCGCUAGAUCCGGAAUUCGAAGCCUUCCAGAAUGGCGGACCGGCCUUUGCUGGACCAUCAUGGGCUGCUUCCUCCUUCUCCCACCUCCAAGCGCAACCUCAACCUUCAUUCCAGCCAUUCUCUCCGUCUCCACCGGCUGCAUGGACUCAAGACUUCCAGCGCCUGGCCAUCUCGUCUCCACAACAAACACAGCUGCAUGCGGCUCCUCAAGCCUGGCACAACCAUUUUGGCCAGCAUGCUCACCACUCUGCCCCCUCACACGCCUCUCCUUCACACAUGCAGAUGCCAUCUGCACGCCUCCAGUCUCCUCAUAUCUUUGGCCCUAUGCAAGCCGCUCCACACUACGCCUCCCAAUUUCUAGAUGCCCACCAGCAACGACUCAAUCUUCCUCAAGACCACUUCGAUGAAGCCGCCUUCGAGGCCGCCUUUGACGCUGCUCUACAAGAUGCUUCGCUCGAUCAAGAUUUCGCCAUGCAAGAGAACGACAAUGUUGAUCUUGCCGAUCUUGACGACGUCGAUUUUGACUCUUUCCUAACAGAUAUUUACCCACACCUUCCUCUGUUCCGCCUCGUUUUGGCCAAUGCUCUGGUUACAAACACCGACGAGUCGCUCCAUAGAGCUGCUAAGAUUGUCGCUGCUCUCAUACAACAUCCUCAAACCAUGCACCCAAUUCAAGCUAUGCUAUUCCGACCUCUGUUGUCUGCCCUUAAUGAUCCCAAGCGCUCUUUAUUUUCUCAACGCUAUGGCUUUGAGCCCGCCUUGAAUGAGAUGUUGGACUGCCUUGCUCAGCAGACUGAAAACACUCGUCUCAAUAUAGAUGCCCCUACUGAGCGACUGCUGGCCUCAUACGCUGAUCUGCUCUGGCAGAGAAACGAAUCAAACCAUUCGGAGCCUACGGAUGUCCCCCGCUCCGCUGAUAAUGCUUACUGGCUCGACAACUUCUUCCACGACGAAGGAAUUACCUCCACCCAAAACAUUACCCAACACUCCGCAAACAUUCUAUCCGAAAGCCUCAAUCGUCAGGUCUUGACGAAUCAUACUUCUCAAGCUCUCAAUCGAGUGCUAGACAUUGAAUACGAGGUCUACUCAAAGCGUUCUGCAGUAUCAAACAUGUCUGUUCAGCAACCAACCUCUACUCGAGAGAAAGAGACCGUGCUUUUUGACAUGAUGGAUCAUGUAUUAGCUGCUCCAGAGACGAUCGAGGCGUUGGAAGCCGUCACUUCCGCAGACUCUUUUCAGGCGAAUACUAGUCAGGAACAAAAUUCGCGCUCCGCAAAUCACGCCCUGCAAGAUUAUCAAACUCAGCUGAUGUUGCUGGAGCAACAGAACGUGCGGAGACGACGGCUUGAGGCAGAAAGACUCUACAAGCCGGCGUUAGAAGACGACAUGUUGGAUGACUCGACAAAUCAGCAGCCAGAGGAACUCAAUCAGGACCAGAAAGACCUAGAUCGGCAAAAUGACGAUGAAUUGGCACAGACUGCAGCCAACCUGCUCGAGCGCGUAUCUGACAACCAGUCGUCCAAGUUCAAGAACAGUGCUUUUCUAGGACUCAUGAGACAGCUCGCUGAUCGAGAGAUUCGAGUCGAAGGAGACAAAAUGGUCCCAACCAACAUGAGUGAAACCCUCGGCCAUGAUCGUCCUGCUGCAUCUGUAGCUCAAGAUGGACAAGAUGUUAUCGAUAUCCUCAACCAGCCUGGCAGUUUGGCAGACCAAGAUCACGAAUUUAUGAUGACAACUCCAUUCGCAUCUGCGGAUGACUACUGAAUAACGUUCUGACGACUUCCCGUUCUUCAUUGCAGACAACAUGGAGAGCAUAUUCCACACAUCACUCAAAACAAACCCACAUUCAUAUAGUGCUGGGUGCUUCUUCAAGAAAGAUAU